AUGGUGCUGCAUUCUUGGUUGGUCGUUUUGCUGGAGGAGGAAGGGGGGGAGCAGAGCAGCGAGCCAGUGAUGCACGUGAGGGGGAGGUCAGGCCGUGUUGGUGCUGCAGCUGGACGCGUUGCAGCAGUCAUUAGGCGUGCAGAUAGAGCUGCUCAACCUGGAUCCCAAGGACAUGGUGGAGGACUGGAGUUGGAGCGGCAGCUGGACGCGUUGCAGCAGUCACUGGGAGUGCAGAUAGAGCUGCUGACUCUGGAUCCCAAGGACAUGGUGGAGGACUGGAGUGAGAGCGUUGCCUUGCUGCAGUUGGAGCGGCAGCUGGGCACACUGCAGCAGUCUGUAGGCGUGCAGAUAGAUCUGCUGAAUUUGGACCCAAAAGAUAUGGUGGAGGACUGGACGGUUUCGGAGGGAGUGAGUGAGUGGGUUGCGUGGCAGUUGGAACGGCAGUUGGACGCGUUGCAGCAGUCUCUGGGCGUGCAGAUAGAGCUGCUGAACCUUGGGUGGAGUGGAGGACUGGAGGGUGCGUGUUGA